AUGGCUGCAGCUCUGCACGUCCUGCCCCACCUGGCCAGAGCCCCCUCGAAGAACCUGCUCCCCUGGGGGCGCCCAGUGGCCCGGCUGGCCAGCAGCAUGACCCUGCCCGAGCAGGCAUGGAGACUGUUUGAGAGCGCAGUGAGUGCGGUGCAGCCGGGCCCCAUGCUGCACCGGGCUCUGGCCUUGGACCCCAGCGGCAAGCAGCUGAAGGUGCGGGACCGGAGCUUCCAGCUUCGGAACAACCUGUACCUGGUGGGCUUCGGCAAGGCCGUGCUGGGCAUGGCGGCGGCUGCGGAGGAGCUGCUGAGCCGGCAUCUUGUGCAGGGCGUUAUCAGCAUCCCCAGGGGCAUCCGUGCUGCUGUGGAGCAUGCUGGCAAGCGGGAGAUGCUGCUGAAACCUCAUAGUCGUGUCCAGGUAUUUGAGGGCGCCCAGGACAACCUGCCAGACCGAGAUGCAUUGCGGGCUGCAUUGGCCAUCCAGCAGCUGGCCGAGGGGCUCACGGCUGAUGACCUGCUCCUCGUGCUCAUCUCAGGGGGUGGCUCAGCCCUACUGCCGGCCCCCAUCCCACCUGUCACCCUCGAGGAGAAGCAGACGCUUACCAAGCUGCUGGCUGCCCGUGGAGCCACCAUCCAGGAGCUGAACACCAUCCGAAAGGCCCUGUCCCAGCUCAAAGGCGGGGGGCUGGCUCAGGCUGCAUACCCGGCCCAGGUGGUGAGCCUGAUUCUGUCCGACGUGGUGGGGGACCCCGUGGAGGUGAUCGCCAGUGGCCCCACCGUGGCCAGUGGCCAUAACGUGCAAGACUGCCUGCACAUUCUCAACCACUACGGCCUCCGAGCUGCCCUGCCGCGCUCCGUGAAGACCGUGCUGGCCCGGGCCGACUCCAAUCCCCACGGGCCGCACUCCUGUGGCCACGUCCUCAAUGUGAUCAUCGGCUCCAACAUGCUGGCGCUGGCCGAGGCCCAGCGACAGGCUGAGGCCCUGGGCUACCGGGCAGUGGUGCUGAGUGCGGCCAUGCAGGGUGACGUGAGGAGUGUGGCGCGGUUCUAUGGGCUUCUGGCCCGAGUAGCUGGGACCCGCCUCACCCCGCCAGGGCCUGGGACCCCUGGGGAGGAGGAAGCUGAACUGCACAGACUGGCAGCUGAGCUCCAGCUUCCAGACUUGCAGCUGCAGGAGGCUCUGGAGGCUGUGGGGGCUGCCCAGGGGCCUGUCUGCCUGCUGGCUGGUGGCGAGCCCACAGUAAAGCUGCAGGGCUCAGGCAGGGGUGGCCGGAACCAGGAGCUGGCCCUGCGAGUUGGAGCAGAGCUGGGACUGCAGUCACCGAGGCCUGUUGACGUGCUGUUUCUGAGCGGUGGCACUGAUGGGCAGGAUGGACCCACAGACGCUGCUGGGGCCUGGGUCACAUCUGAGCUCAGCUGCCAGGCCACUGCUGAGGGGCUGGAUGUGGCCUCCUUCCUAGCCCACAACGACUCACAUACCUUCUUCUGCCGCCUGCAGGGUGGGGCACACCUGCUGUACACGGGGCUGACCGGCACCAAUGUCAUGGAUGUCCACCUUCUGUUCCUGCGGCCAAGGUGA